UGAGCAGAGUAGAAUUUGCACUUAUACGUCUUGGAAGUAGAUUCGGAGAUACCAAUGCGGCAGACGCAGAGGCCGAGGAGCAGUGGAGGCAGCAACUUCCACCAUUAUUCCCACAACUGACUGAGCGAGGUAUCUUCCGCGCCACAAUGGCCGAUCUUUGGCGGGAAAAUGGCUUUUGAUCAUCGCAGCCGUUGUAUCUCCAGCAGAUGCUUCCUGCGUUCAUGGUCUUGUCUCCACUCUGGCAACAAUGAAGGGCAUGCUCAAGUGACCUGCGAAUGCGUCGGCCAUCGUCUCCCCCGCUCUUCGAAGUGUCAUACGGUCCUGCACGUUUUUGGCUACGUACCGCGAUUCCUUUCCCAAUCCCCCCGUCCGCACAUAUCACGCGCUAUUACAUAACAUAUCUGCGAAUUCGAGUAUCCGGUUUCCUGCAUACCGCCACCACCAUUCGAACACUCAGGCAUAUUUAUUCUCCGUGUCGUCUCCACUCCUUCUCAACCGUAUGCUCCGCCAGCAAACGUUCAUCUCACGACAGUUAUGUUUCCCAUCGAUACAUUUUCAAGUAUGCGCUAUCCGCUGGAAUCAACCCACAAGACAACGUUAAUGAUAAUCAAUUCGAUUGGUAUCAUUCGAAGUUGCAGUUGCGGGAGGACCUCCGACUCGGGCGAAUGACUCGUGAUGCGACGGCGAACGACCCUCAUAUAUCGAUCACAGCCGGAAUGUACAGUGUCAAGGUAGCCUCGUCAUGCGAUUCAUCGGGGCGAUACAAUAGCGACCGGACAGCACAACUCGAAUUCAAACCAACAGCUUUCGCGACAAGUACCUUUCAACGGCCGAACGCGCAAAUGAACUCUCACAUCCUCCUUCCCUGCAACCGGCGGUUGCUCAACCGCCAUCUUUCUUCCAUCCCCAACUCAAUCGCACGAUUCCCAUACAGCGCGCGGCACGACCACUAGCGCCAGCCAUCCCAUCAGCACGGCGCUCAAGGAACGACGUGCAUUCGCUCGUCUUGAUCAUCGUGAGCACGAAUUCGCGCAUGAGGCGUCGUUACCCAUGAGCGUCAACACACACGAGUGGCCCAAGAUCUCCUACGCACGUAACGGGAUCUAUCUUCCUCGAUCCAGUGCGCCGGCUGGAACUUCCUGAUAUCAAAGCUUUCGAAACGCGCGGCAGGCGGUGACGAUAUCGACGCACGGGCGCGGAACGCCGCUCGCACGGAAAUGGAGAGUGGCAUGAUGCUUCCUACAUCCGCGCGACUC